AUGGACGCCAAAAUCGCACAGCGGCUUUGCCACAUGCUGGCAAGCUGCGAGGAGGCUACGCGCCAGCGCGCCUUGCGCAGCCUCGGAAAGCUGUUCGCGCAGGCUACGGAAAAGGUCGACGAGCUGCUUCUGCUGAAAAUCUGCAAGGCUCUGUACUACAUGCUUUGGAUGACCGAUAAGCCGCUAAAGGUGCGCAGGGUAGCGGUCGCCAUCGUGGAGACCCAGAGCAGGUUCACCGACCGGGCUAACCGUAUGCACUUCUUCUCGUGCCUGUUCAGGUCGAUGUCGAUGGAGUGGCCGCUGCUAGACAAGCACCGGCUCGACAAGAUGCUGCUGUUCGUGCGCGUCGUGGUGGCGUCGCUGCUGGAGGUGCUGAACGGCGGCGGCUGGGAGCAGGGCGACAUGCGGGAAUUCGCAAGGAUCGUGCUGGACAAGCAGGGCAUUUUCAACAAACGCAGUUUGGGGCUGGCAUUCCAGUUCAUACAGGUAUUUUGGGAGGAGUUCCGCCAGAACCGGGAGGGGCUGCUCAAGAGCGGCGAGUUCACCGAGCUCAGCAGGGAGGUCUUCCUGCGGCUGACGGCGCCGUUCCUGCAGCUCAUGGUCACGCUGGACAACAAGCAGGUGCUGAACACGCUGGAAAUGUACGUCCUGAAGCCGGCGCCGGGCGUCCCCGGGAUGCCCGUCCAGGGCUACGUGCUCGCAUGCGAGAGGCUCGCCGAGAGCCCGGCCAUCCGCGGAUCGGCGCGCAAGGUGUUCAAGCAGAUACCGCAGGGGCACGAAGGCGCCGUUGACGCCGAUCAGGACCUGCAUAAGCUGGUCGACGAGACGGUGGCGGCCAUAGAGGCCGCCGUGGCGGAGCUCCGCCAGGCGGACGCCAUGGGCGUCGCGGUCGCCACGCACGCCCACGGCAACGCCGCAGCCACCAACGCUGGCGCCUCUGCGGAGCGCAGCGCAAAUCGCAGCAAAGAGAGCGGCGCCGUCAGCGGCAUUGCCGCGGACGGGAGCGCUGAGGACGGCGACGUGGAGAUGGUGCCAGAGCUCGAGGACGUGUCGGCGGAGUUGCAGCGGCAUGGUGCCGAUGGACGCAUGGAAUUGGACCCCGGCGAGGGCUUCGUCAGCCUUGCGGAGGCGUUUCUGCCCCGCACAUCGAAGAAGGGGCUGGGGAAGCACAUGCGGGAAAUCGCCACGCUGGACAGGGUGCGCAAGUUCAUGGUCGCGUCGGGGCUGGACGACCACGAGAUGCUGAAAAAGCUGAACUCGCCGAAGGUGCGCAGGCAGAUGGCGCUGCUGGGUCUCCACGCCAUUCGCAGCCUCAACCCGGACCGGAAGUUCAAGUGCGCGCGGAAGCUGCACCGGAUCGUGAACAUCACCGAGACGGCUCAGGCCCUGCCAAGCCGGAGGCGGUCGGUCGACGUCGCGAAGGCGCUGCACAACAUCAAGCACACUGCGCCCGAGAAGUCCAUCGUGCGCAAGCGCAACAGGGUGAGCACCGAAACGAAGCGCGUGGUUUUCAACCUCAAGAACAACCAGGUCGCCACCAUACCGAAGAAAACGAAGAGCACGCUGACGAUGCCAAUGUGGUACUGA